GCAUUGUGUAUGUCACCUGGAGCAAGUGGCAGAAUAACAAAAAAAAAUGCUGAUAGAAGACUUGCCUCUGCUCAUUCUUAUUCCAGAAGACUCAAUCUUUCUUUCUGUGGAUGUUCAGAGGCAACAUGCUGAAUCUUCUCCAGCUUUAUACUUUUUUCUUGAACUAGAUAGUUACAGUGAUUUGGGUCAGAGUCAGCAAUGAAAAUGCUGGGGCAUCUCUGUCUUUAGUCCCUUUGGGUAACUUGAAAGGGACUAUUUGUGAGACCUUCGAGGCUCAAAGCUGCUGUAAUGCAACUUAUUCCUUAUGUUAACUACUAGUUGUCAGUCACGUAUAAUUGUCAAAGCAGUGCUCGUGUCAGUCCUAAUAUACCACAUCCAAAAUAAAAGCAGCUGGUGAUAAAAUGGUUCCAAGAGAAAUAUACACACUUCUAACAUAAAUAGAAAAUUAAAUUCAAACCUGUCAGUUUUAUUUAUCCAGGAACUCAGGUAUGAAUCAACCUCUGAAUGAAAAUGGCAAAUAUAACUUCCCUUGCCUUGCUGUAUCAUUCCGUGUUCAAUUUUAGUUUCUCUUCUGGGAAUUCACAUCAUUCACCUUUUGAGGGUUAUCUGCCUUACUAGCUUGACGGAGUGAAUGUGUUCUUCUUUCCUGUUGUUGAAAAAACUUUUCUGGUACCACAAGCUGUCAGCACAAUAUAACCGCAAAGAUUUUUUUCGGUGGUGGGAGCAAUGACAGCUGCUUUUGUUGUUCACUGUAAUCAUUCACUACUGAAAAAGGCUCUACCGCUGGGGUGGAGCAUGCUGUGCUUCGACACCAAGGGAAACACCCAGGCACAGAGAGACCAACCAUUGAGAAAUUUCUAUAAUGCACAGAGUAGGUGCUCCAUCUCCACAGAGCAGCCAAAUACUCAAUUCCUUGCCUCAUGCAAACUUAAAGUGAAAAGAACAAAGCCUUUUUUUUCCCCCCCCACUGAGAUUUGAAGCAAGCACAUCAACUUUGACAUUCUUCCCUAUACCAGCCUGCUGCAAAAGCGAGGGGUGUAAGGGAAAUGGGGAAAUCCUUUGUGCCAUUGCUGUAGGGUUAGCUGCGCUCUGCUGAUGGAGACCUUUCUGCUUGCAGAUGAUAUUUGGGGUAAGCUGUACAACCCCUGUUCAGAAGCAGGGAGGGACUUGCCUAUGUAGAGAUGUUUAUGUAUACAUACACGUUAAAACAGAUUUUAAUCUAGUGUUCAUAGUAGGAGCUACAGCUUAGUGGGAAGAAAGGAAAGAUCCCUUUGUGCUCGUUCACGUUGUCCUUGGUGUAUCUCAUUGCCAACCAUGGUGUUUGGUUUGCCUUCGUAGAGAACAGAUUUCAGAAAGCUGGGAGCUAACGUGGUCAUCUCAUCUGUAGGCAGAGCACCUGGUUCUGACCUGCCACAUGGCCUGGUUUUAUUUGAACAAGCAGGGCAGAGGUUCUCAGUUACUCAGUUUUGCGUGGAAGGUAAUUCAGUACUGUUGGUUUUCUUGCCUUUUUUUUUUUUUUUUUUAAAAAAAAGAAGACAGAGAACAUAAGACUACUGCAGAAAGAUGCCUUUGUCUUCGUUUGAUAAUCUCCAUGAUGGUUGGGUUAUGUGACCAGAAGUGGAAAGGGUCUUUGUCUAACAUAGGAACAGCUGACUUCCUUGUGGGGCACCAGCCCUUCACUUUGACUGAUGUUCCCAUUGUAGGCCUAGUCCCAGCACUCAUUUGCAAUCUCUGCUCAGAAGGCUCAGUUCUCCUCUGGCCACUAUUUCCUGCAGUUAAAGCUCCCUAGCUGGCGUUUUCUGACUGAGGGGGAGCCAUGAAGUCGUAUGACUUGGGGAAGGAGCAGAGAUAACAAUGAGCACCCAUCUGCUCCUCUCUUCCAUCCCUUCGGGAUGUCCGGGUGUCCCCUGGUUAGAAUUCCCCUCCAGAUAAGAUAGUGGAGGUGUCACCGUGGGGCAGUCAGGCAAGAAAACAAUAGCGAGUUGCGUCCAAAAAACAAGAUCGAUCAGUAACUGCACCUUUGUUGUCAGUAAGGGGCAGAGCUGCUCUGGAAAGGUCAAGGCUGGUGUUGUACCCCACAUCCCUUCAGCUUCUUCCUCUGAUAAACUUCUGCAAGAGCUAUCCCAGUUGCUUUUCAGAAAGCUUGGGGUCAGAAGCUGCACUGAGAGGAAGGCUGCAAGAGCCACAGCGUGUGCAAGGGCUUCCAAGGCUCUGUUACUCAAGUGGUAACUGUGCCUCGGUUGAGUGGGAUGUUCCAGUACUUGUUUUUCUGCCUCUGCUUUGUUGUCCAGCUGCAGCCAGUGUCUUUAAUGGGUGAGUGAAGAGGCAUUGCCUUCUAGCUUAUUCUGUUCACCAUCUUUAAGGUUUGUGCUGAGCAUUGGUGUUCUUAGGUGACAGACUGGGAGAUGUGAGAGAGAUCCUUUUUCUUCGAGUGUGGUGUGAAAUUUCUUCCAGGUGGAAAGGUCUUUGUGACAGAGCGUGGUGCCUUCCCUCCUGGGAGAAUCUUCACUGCUAAGCACUGGGGGAUUUUCUUCUCCUCUAGCAGGAGAGAGUCUACAAAUAGCUGUUAAGCUACUUUUUCACCUCUUCUCUGGCAAAUCUGAACUGAAUUUAGAGUCAUAAUGCAGUGCUGCUUGUUUCAUUGCUUAUUUGUGCCAGAGCAGACCUCCAGUACACAGUGUAUGUAGGAUUAAUUUCUGGAGAAUGGUGGGCUUAUGAAUGCCUGCUAGAGCCUGAUUUGUCAUCCAGUAUAUACGUUAGCAUGUCAGCUAGAGAGCUAAUGAUAUCAUCAGGAUUACAAAUUGUGAAGCUUUACUUGAUGGCUGAUGCUUGUCAGGCUGAAUUGCUCAGGCCAUGCAAAAAGCGUUGGGGAGGAAAAAAAUGGAGCCAUGAAAAAUGGAGAGGACUGGAGACAGUUGUAUGUCUUGAGCAAAACCCCAGCGCCUUCAGCCUCUGGGGAGAAGAGAAGAGAGGUUGAUUGGCUGGUUCUUUAUUACUGUGGAGUUUCUUCAUAAAAACUCAAAUUAGUUUUCAGUAAGCUGUGGCACCAGAGUGCUUUGUGUCUGUGGGGAGGUUGGCCUGGGGCAGCGUUGGCAGUCCGAGGGGCCAUGCAGGUCUGCAGUGCUCUAAAGAGCAAUGGCUGCUUUUCCUGCUUGUCUACCUGCUCUUUAGGCCAUCCUGAAGCUCUCAGAGAAGGGAAAGAGGGUAGGGGGUGCUACCUCAUUUCCCUGAAGCACCUGCUUCCAGCUCCCUCUGAGCCACUGCAUCUUCAUCUCAGUAAAUUUUGUCUUUAAAUUAUCUCCUGUCUGUUUAGGAAACAAUGUGAUUUCCCCACGUGAGUGUUUGCAGAGUCUAUCUACAAAGGGUAUUUCAUGAAGUUAAUUAUACUGUAUAAAAGCUAAUGAGAGUGUGUGUAUUUUUGGUGCUGCCCAGCUGGGAAGCUGACAGGGCAUUCCUUGCUUUGCCUCGUUCGGCUUUUAACACAAAAAGCUUUUAAUCUUAGUCAGUGACUCACCCUAAGGCCGUACCAAAUCAUGUUGUGGAAGCCAAGAGCGUUACACCGAGGGAAGCCCAGAGGAAGCUAUUUUCAGCUGCGUGCAUAGAAAAGGCAGGACUAAUCUUUUCUGGUCUGGAGAAGUCAAGUGAGCUUUUGGAGAAUAGGAUUGAACAGCACUGCUGCUGUCUGUGGGUAAGGGCAGGAGGCAAGGAGAGGCAGGUAAAAGAGAGAGCUCAUGAAGAAAUGCCUGCCAAAUCCCAACAGAGACUCCUGCUGCAGUCCUCCUUCUGCUCCUUGGGAGACCUGAGGGCUGCUUGUGGUGAGAGCAGAUCUGCUCCUCUGCAUAUCUCAUGAAUUAUGGCACUGGAGAGCACCUUUGUAACCCAGAGCUGCUCUCCUUGCGCCAGCUUACAGCUCUGCAGCACUCUUGUGGCUACAGCAGCUGCUCCUGUAUUUUAUACUGCAUUCGAGGCCAAACAAAACGUGUCCAUGGCUGAGGACGGCACAAGGAUUUUAGUCUAGAGAAAUGCCGUGUUUGUGAGGAGGUACAGGACAGCACGUCAGUGAGGCAGAUGUUUACAGAGGGUGCAGCUCACUAAGGAUGACUUGAAGUCCUUGGGCAGAAGCACAUAUACUUCCAUUUUCAAGUCAGUGAAGCACAUCAAAAUACUGAACCAAGAAGGUUUGUCUGCAUCCAGAGCAUUCUGGUAGAAACAACAUAAUGUGUCCUCCCCACCCCAAAUUGCAUCAGCUAUUGUUCAAGCGAAAUAAGAGAGGACAGUUUUAGAACUUGAAAUGUGAUGCAGAAAGUACAGUGUAUUCCAGGCUGCCAGCGUUUAAUCAGAAUGAUUGGUUUUAUUAGCCUACUUCUAGCAAAUGAUAAUCAUUCUCCUUACUCAAGACAAUAUUAGCAUUCGUUUUGCUUAAUAGGGAAUAGUUAGUCACAGGUAAGUGGUGCUUAAUCAGGUAUUAAAUGUAUGUGGAAAUGAAACCUCUGGGCUUGUAGUGAGGAAGCUGCCAAAUCAGGGUUAAUUAGGAGAAGACUGAAAAUGAAAUGAACACUUUAAUUCUUCAUUUUUUUUCUCCCUGUGCCAUUCUUCUGUAGUAAUUAUUUGCAGAAAGUUCAGAAAGGGCUUGAAAGGAACACGCUCCUUGAGCCUGGUGUGAACAGAUGAGUACCCACCAAGAGGUCCACAUGUUUGUAUCUUGCCCUCACAAACAAACACUUCACUCACAAGCAUCUCAUCUCCUAUGGAGAUCAAGAGGGUUUGUGGGCUUGCAAAGAACGUGACUGUGUAGAGCCAAACAUUUUGAAGGUCCUGAUUCAGACCCUUGUGCUCUCUAGUUUUUAAGAUAAUAAAUAUAGAGAUAUGGGGAAGCUGUGUCAAAUGCAGGGAGGCAACAUCAUCCCACAAAAACACAAUAGAUAAAUCGUGAAGGUAGGCAGCACUGGGCAGAGGGAGAAGUGGGUGAUGGAGUCCCUGCAGAAGACCAGGGUGGUCUUACGGGGGGCUACUGCUUCUCCCUCUUGAUCCACUGCAGCAUUUUCCAAACUAGAUGGAUUUGAGUUAUAGCUCUUUAAACUCACCGUGGCACAAGCGUACACAGCUAUACAAGAGGCAAUGAGGAACAGAAGUCCAGUAAAUGGAGCAGGGUCACCUUCUCCUACCUCACCUCUCUUGGUUAGAGACAGUCUGCUGGGCUAUAGAUCAGCUCCAGUGUGACCUGGAUAGGCAGUUCUUAGUUUCCGUUGUUUAAAAUUGUGCCCUGAAAUGAGUAGGAGCUGAUAAAUUAUGCUUGCAGAUUACUUGCAGUUAUAUUGGAGUCUAAUAACUGAAAUUGCGUAUUUUCUUUCUAUACGCCUUAAAUGUAGCGUUCCUGUCCUAUGUCUUGCAGUUCACAUUUUAACUGACACUUUGCAGGGUGAUCUCUGGCUGUGGUUAUGGCAACUUGACUGUGAGGGCUGAAAUGAGCUGUAGGUGGAUUUUUAGAGAGGCUGUGUAACCUGUUUGAACCCUUGUCCUCUUCUCCAGGACAUCACCAGUCACUUCAGGAGGGGCUUGCAGAGGCUCAGUUAGCACUUGACCAAAGGGUGGAUGUCCUGGGCUUGACCCAGAGCUCCCAGGACAUACUUCUUGUGGUAAAAAUCACUCCUCAGACCUCAGGUUUGCUUGUAUGUUUUUUCCUCUUAUACUCUACAGCAGCUAAACAACAAGUCAGACUGUUGCAUAAUGGUGUCAGAGCUCAGUUAGUUCACUCCUUCCAAGACAUUUAAGCCAAGCUGUCAGAAUUUUCCAUGAGGCAGUUAGUUAGCUGGUACUGCUGUCUCACCCCAGGGAUCUCUAUCUAUCACAAUGAUUCUGUUAAGUCAGGAAUAGAAAAAGAAUUUUUUUUUGCACUCCUUGCAAUUAUAAGUCAACAACUCAAUCUGUAUCUGCUAGAUGUUCUCUCUUGUGUCUUGCUGCAUGUCUCAGCCCUGGACCCCUGCUCUGCCUACAUCAGCCUGAACGAGCCCUGGAGGAACACAGAUCAUCAGAUAAAUGGCUCCCACGGCCAGCCCACGUGCGACAGUCAAAUCGAUGGAGAGUGGUAUCGCUUCACUGGCAUGGCUGGAGACGCCAUGCCUACCUUCUGCAUCCCCGAGAACCACUGCGGGACCCAUGCUCCUAUCUGGCUGAACGGCAGCCACCCGCGAGAGGCAGAUGGCAUCGUCUCACGCCAGGCCUGCGCCAGCUUCAAUGGCAACUGCUGCCUCUGGAAUACCACAAUAGAUGUCAAGGCGUGUCCGGGAGGGUACUACGUUUAUCACUUGACCAAGCCCAGCGUUUGUUUCCACGCGUACUGCGGGCAUUUUUAUGACAUCUGUGAUGUGGUGGAUUGCCAGGACUCCUGCCUGGACACCAAUGACUGCACAUGUUCCCUGGGGACAACGCUAGGACCUGACGGACAGACAUGUCUGGAUGAGAAUGAAUGCGAGCAGGGCAACGGAGGCUGCAGCGAAUUUUGCGUUAACCUGAAGAACUCCUACCGCUGUGAGUGUGGGGUUGGGCGCACGCUGGGAAGCGACGGGAAGACCUGUGAAGAAAUCGAAGGCUGUCACAAUAACAAUGGAGGCUGCAGCCAUACCUGUAUUGAAGUGGAAGACUCAUACCAAUGUGAAUGUCCGAGGGGACUUGUUCUGUCAGAAGACAACCACACUUGCCAAGUUCCAGUGCUGUGCAAGUCGAGCUCAAUUGAGGUGAGCAUCCCAAAGGACCUGGUUGGAGGCCUGGACCUUUCCCUCAUCAACACUUCCUGCAAAGGGGUAUCCAACGGCACUCACGUCAACAUCCAUUUCUCCUUGAAGUCCUGCGGCACCGUUGUGGAUGUGAUAAAUGAUAAAAUCAUUGCCACCAAUCUGGUGACCGGCUUGCCAAAGCAGACUCCAGGGAGCAACGGGGACAUCAUUGUCCGCACCAGCAAGCUGCUGAUCCCGGUGACCUGUGAGUUCCCGCGCCGGUACACCAUCUCCGAAGGUUACGUGCCCAACCUAAAGAACUCGCCCUUGGAAAUAAUGAGUCGCAACCAGGGCAUCUUCCCCUUCACUCUUGAGAUUUUCAAAGAUAAAGACUUUGAUGAACCCUACAGGGGUGCCCUUCCCACCCUCAAGCUUCGGGACUCACUGUACUUUGGGAUUGAACCCUUGGUGCAUGUCAAUGGACUGGAGACGCUGGUAGAGAGCUGCUUUGCCACUCCCACCUCCAAAAUCGAUGAGAUCCUCAAGUACUACCUGAUUCAAGACGGCUGCGUUUCUGAUGAUUCGGUGAAACAGUACACGUCAAAAGACCAUCUUGCCAAGCAUUUCCAGGUUCCUGUGUUUAAGUUUGUGGGUAAAGACAACAAGGAGGUGUUCCUGCACUGCCGCAUCCUCGUGUGCGGGGCGCUGGACGAGAGCUCCCGCUGCGCCCAGGGCUGCCGGCGGCGGGUGCGCAGGUCGGCUGGGAGGGAGGAGGAGGAGGGAGAGGAGGAGGCCAGUCACGUGGCAAAGCACAUCCUGACAGGCGGCCCCAUCAGAAUUGACUUUGAAGACUAACACCCAUCCCUUGGAACAGCACCUCCACCUGAGACCAACCUUUCUUAUCGAUGCCUGCUUUCACGGUGGUCUGAGAAAAGAGAGGUAUUUGGCAAAGCCCCACUCGUACCUCAGGCCUUGUUUCCUUAGCUGCGUGCUGAUGAUUUGUGAAGUACGCUCGGCACACAGCCUUCUGCAGAACAGUUUGGUUUUACCUCUGUUUCUCUUGGUUGAAGGGACCCUGUUGCUUUUCAGGCUUGAAGCGUUACCAAACUUUGUCUUUCCCUACGUCCACCCACAGGCUCCACAGGACUGUCCGUCCUGGACUAAACACGUUACUCAAGCCCUUCUCUCUUCAGAUGAUAAAAACAGUAUUGUAGCUGAACAUGUUUGCUCUGCAGUUCUGUGAGUGAUGCUGAAGCUUUUGGGUGUGCUGUGAUUUUGGAUGACCAUUAAUAAAAGUAUGUAUAAAAAUAUGUAUCCUGUAACGUGCAAGUCCCUUGGAGCUAUGAAGCAGUUGUCAUUACAGGCAGCUAAAGCUCAGGUCUAUCACAGGCACAUCUUAAUGUUAUUUUUAAAUAGCAAAAGGUAUUUAAUAACUUUUUUUUAUUGUCUUUUGAUAAUUGCAUGCAGUUUAACAGUGUUUCUUGUUGUAUUUAGCAUCUCAUUAUUUUUCUCUCUUCUCCUCCCACAUCCCCAAGCAACACAGUGCCUUUUGUAAGUGCUGUGGCACCUCGAUUGUAAGAAAAAGAUCAUUAAAAAUCUAUAAACACCUGCCCCCGAGCAUGCUGCUACUGAGUCUGUGUUUGAAAGCUGUAAUGGAUUACCCUGGACUAAGAGGCUGUGGCUCUGACAAAGGGAUUUGAGCACGGCACAUUACAAACGACUGCUGUAAACGUGGAUGGUUCUUGGGACAGGGUUGUCCCCAGUGAGCCUGGUGGCAGGAGAUGUUGCAGCAUCGUCUGAGUGACUGUGCGUGCACAGCCUCCUGAUGGGGGAGAACUGUCUAGAGCCACAAUUACGGUGACAGCGGCAACACGAUGCUUGUCAGGAAUCCCUUUGGGCCACCAAACUCCUUCCAAAGAAAAUAAAAUGGAUGAUCAGCUUGGGGUCCUGUGGGUGUCACGCCGGAGCAGGAGUGCUGUGUGGUGAAGGAUGAGGAAUGCGGGAUGGAAGGCAGGAGGCACAGCGAGCAGCGAGGGACGAGGCGAGAGAGGCAGGGCUGGAGAGUAAAUGUGGAAGGACCUUUCUCCACCACUGGCUAUGGCAGUGCAGUGGAGUCAUUGGGUUUUCUGCAGGAAGUUUCAUGUUGUGCGGGUUCAGAGGUGUGCUGGAAGUCCCCCCUAGUCUGCAUUGCCAAUUUGCUGCUUCAGUUGGAAGCAGCCAGAUUGCUGCCAAAGCCAAAAUGUAUUGCUGCUCGCAAAUGGAUGGGGAGUCUGUGUGAAGGGACCAUUUAAAAGGGAGGCACAAAUCACCUCAGCAAUAUUCCAUUUCGCAGAUUUAUUUCUGCUGGUGACUGACAUUUCCGUGACGAAUGGGCAUUUGAUGGGCUGGGAGUUUUGUGGUUUUUCUAAAUGGCUCCAUGGCUGCUUUUCUGAUUUGAGAAUAUAUGUGUGUGCACGUGUGGUCGAAUAAAUGAAAAAUUUCCUAUGAAAAUAAGUAGGUAUAAGCAGAAAGGCAUUUUUCAUGUGUUAUCUAACCAUAUGUGAAAGAAAAAGAAAUAAAAAAGUCCCCUUCUCGUGUUGCCAUGCCCCCCUGGUUCUGCUGAUUCAUUUCUGCAUUAGGACCACACGGGCAAUUUCCUGCUGUCACUUCUUUGUUCAGACAGCCCCUGCUGAAUGUACUUGUUUUGCUAAAACAAGAGCUGGGAAAUGAAAUUAAUUAGUUGGAGCCUUCUGGAGAGGCAACUGGUGUUUUUCGUUAGUGUGAGAGGGACGUGGGGAGUGGAAGAUUCGUUUCCUUGCUUGUUUUAGUUAUUGUGCACAUUAUCUGGUUCUUUCUGACAAAUCCGUACAAAGCAGCCUAGCUGCUCCACAGCUUUUUCUCUAAAUCAUUUGGAGGAGUAAUGAGGAAGAAGCACUGGUCUGUGUGGCCAUGUGAACAGAGUGGUCUGGGAAGGUGCUCAGUUUGUCCUGCAAGCGGAACAGUAGCUCUGCUAUCUGCCACUGCCCUGUGGCCAUUUCUCCUCUGACAUGGAGGGGAAGGCUCCUGGACAGAGAACAAAACCAUUUUUCAGUCUUUUCUCUCUCCCCAGUUUACCUUUUGCUUCCAUCUGUCUUUGUCAGCUUUACAACCUGGACGUGAAAUCAAAGGCCAAACUCAUCUGAGAGCCAAGGGAUUUGCUUUUAUCUUUAAUUUUAUCAGCCACGCCACGGAGUGGAAACAAAAGGCAGUGCACAAGCAGGCACUGAGUGUGCGAGACGCCCGGCAGCAGUGCUCCUGAGGGUCCGGCCAGCUGCCAACCACGGUUCAAAUCCAAGCCACAUCGGUGCUGCCUGAUGCGUGUGGCUGGGAUUCGGCUGGCACCGCCUCGUCCUGUCAUAGGAUGCAAAGUGAAAGUCAGACGGUAGGUGUCCAGGAGGAGACACCAGGUACCUGCCUUCCUAGUCCUCCUGCCUUCGUGUCCUUGGUGGAAACGUAGAGUUCAAAUUUGAGGCACCACCACUGGGAGAGGGCACGCUGACCGAGCGGGCUGAACAUCAGCAAGAGUUGCAAAUAAUCCUGCCAAAACAGAGUCAACAGGAAGUCACCGGGUGAGCACGGUGUCUUUGUCCCGUUCAGAGCAGGGUGGAGAUGAAGAUGACCCAAGCUGGCCCUCAGCUGGACACCGCUGAGGAGCACGAGCAGCGUGUAGGGGAAGCGGUUACUAGCUCAGCUGCAGAAGUUUUACCGUAGUUUAUGUGCUGUCUCUGUCCUAUGCAGGAUUAUCUGGUGGUUUUCUUGAGUCACUGCCAUUACUUGAAGUUUUAAAAGUUUCCUUGUAGAGCUGCUUGGGGGAUUUUUCAGAUUGCCACAGCUUAACUUUGCUGUGAAACGUGCUGCUUGUAGCUGCCCUGCAUGCAGCAGCCUGUAGUGUUUUGAAUGAAUGGCAGUCUGAAAGCACAAAGACAUUAUGAUUUAUAUCAGCUGUGGCUCCAAAGUGUCAGUGUGUGGAAAGAGAUUUCAUUCAGAACCCUCCAGUUUCU